AUGUUUUCAGAACGUUGGGCUCAACCAGGAUCUCGCAAACUCUCGCUCGGAGUCGCUCCUCAAGCCCUUUCCCGGAUCGAGGCCACUUCGACACCGUCCCUCGACGUUCCGCAAAAGGUGAGAUCAUGAGUCAGCGAGAGCAGAAGCGGGGGCCGAAUGUAUUGACGCCACGUUUGUAAAUAUAAACGGAGGGAAUGGGAAUAGAAAAGGGCCUGCUGCCGGCAGAAAACGGUCUGUGCUCACAGAAAUCCAACUGACUAUGCAGCGAAAUAUGAAUAAGAAAGUAAGUGCGUUUUUAGAAUAAGUUGGUAAAUACUCGCAAAAACACAAUCCUGAUCUCGAACCAUUUCAGCCUGCGAACCGUCGGUUCUCCCUCGCCGCAACCUUCCUCGACGCGACCAAGUCGAAUCGAAAAUCGUCACUUUUUGUCGGUUGGUUCAUAUAAAAAUGGGUGAUUCGCCGUCAUUUUCUUCGUCGCAAAUCAUGAUGAGAAAGGAAACGUAGAUAAAAUCUGAAAGUUUGGAAUUCUGAACGAAAAAAAAGGAAAGAAGAGUGGGCCUUUUCCUUCUAUUCCCUCCAUUUUAGAACAGAAACGCUCGCCAGCACGCAAUCAGCAACAUUUCUUCCGAGAAAUUCUUGCUCAAAGGAACGGAAUUCUUCUUCCGCCAGCCACGUCGUCUGCCACCCCAAACACUGUUAUCACUCUUCUUUUAUGACUCUUUUCUAUGCGUGUCUCCUGCCUGCUAUAAUCACUCUUAUCGUCACCUCACAUUUUCCGUCUUUCCAUAUUUGGAUUUAGUCAUGCCGACCACUAAACUACGGCACACCGUCUCAAUGAAAUUCAUGACAAAGCCACAAAAGCCGGUUUCUCUCUCACGAUCAAUGGCUGCUCUCGCGCUGGAAACACAGCCAACGUGGCGAAGAGACAUGAGUAUUGACGAAGAAAAUGGUGGCACGAAAUCAGAAUAUUCUGGAGGGUUUCAUUAAAUUGAACGUUUAAUUUCAGAAAAGGAUUACCUCGAUCAUCGUCCCCGCGGUGCCGCCGAAUCCGACUUCGAACGGCCGUUGUUUGGUGAGAGAAACGAGCCGAAAGGAGGACGAACAAACCGAAGCGAUUCGAUAAAACCGGCGAGAAGCCGGCGAAUGGGGAGAGCGAUGCGAGUGGUCGUGGUCGGAGGGAAAAAGGUCGGAAAGACCGCCAUUCUCAGACAAGUCGCCUGCGUGGAGGACAUCACUAACAAGGUACUUUUCAGUCUCAUUUCAGUUUCAAGCGGGCAACUUUCAUUUCAGCCAUACGAACCAACUAUUGAGGACACCUACCAAGUGCUCCUGGAGGAGCCGGAUAAAGCGAGAGAGAUUCUGAUUUUACACGACACGGCAGGAGUCUCGAACUUCGGACCGGUUGAACUGAAAAAAGCAUACGUGCAGGCAGCCGACGCAUUCGUUCUCGUCUAUUCGUCGGCCGAUUACGAGUCGUUCAAUCGAGUGGAUUUGCUCAAAAAAUGGAUAGAUCGACAGUUCGGAAAGGAUAAGAAAGAGGUAAGAGCGGACGGGGCGGAGCGAAAGAGCCGUUCAUCAGUUGCAGGUUCCGAUCGUCGUUCUGGCGAAUAUGCGCGAUCGGCCGGCGACUGUGGACAGUGCAUUCGCGCACAGUUGGGCGGCCCGCGAGAAGGUGAAGCUGUUCGAGGUGACCGCGAAGGACAGACAGAGCCUCGUCGAUUUCAUUCAUUACGUCGGACAUCGGCAUUUCCAUCCAACCAGUCAGUUUUUCCCGAAAAGUUUAAUAUAAUUUGGAAAGAAAUUUGCAGAAGAAUCAAAGUUUUCGCUCUCGAAGAAACUCAAAUCGGAGAAAUCUUCGAAUCCGGCCAUUUUGAUGGAUUUCUAA